ACGUCGUUUUACUAUUAUCAUAUUUCUUGGCCUUUACCUUUUUUUUUCUUUUUUUUUCUUGUUUUAUCCCGUUACCUAGAAGACAAGCCUAAACAGAUCUUGCAGCAUGCAGACGAGGUACCCCGCCCUCAAUAUACCGAUGAAGAAUUAGAUCGCCUAGUCGAUUAUAUUCAACGUAUGACUAUGUUGUUUGCUUUGGACCACCGCGAUUGGACAGAGGAGAAUCUGGAUAUCAUUCGACGAUGGCUAAUGAAAGUGAAUGAACCAUUGCUAACCAUUUUUUAUGAUGCUAACAAGCUGAGCGCUUGUUUAGGUUUCCCAGUAGCGCCCGUUUCUGAUCUCACUUAUUUCUAUCGGGAACCAAAUUUUAUCUUUUCAGUUGGAAAUUUUCAUGACGAAAUAAAUAUUGGUACAUUGCAUGAAGAUGUGGACGGAUGUUUACUGAAAGUCCUACAAUUAGUCUUUGCGCCAAUUCUUCGGAAUUCUGAUUGGAACGAUAACGUUAAAUCGCGAUUCUGCAAAGCAAUGGAUAAAUUUCUCGGUUAUCUCACUAGCUUAAAUUCGAAAAUGGCAGGCAUGACAGUGCUUUAUGUACCGCAUGUAGUAAAACAAAUCGCUAAAGGCAAUGCCACACAAGAUCGAGAGUUUCUAAAAAAUAUGGAAGCGGUAGUUGUGUUUUGGACUAAUCAAAUACGUACUUUGCUUACGGACAAGACGCUAGUAGUGCAACAUGACUUAGUAAUACCAGAGGAGGAGUAUGAAUUUUGGUUAUACAGAUUCGAAGUUUUGCAUGGUCUCAACACCCAAUUAGAUCAGGACGACGUUCAAGAUAUUAUCACUAUUUUGCGAGCUUCACAGUCGGUCUAUAUAAAGCAGAUCGAUGAAUUGAUAAGUGAAUGCCGCCAGGAAAUGGAAGAGGCUAAAUCAAACAUCAAGUAUCUGAACUUGUUGAUUGAGCCAUGUGCCCAAAUCGAUAAAGCGGAGAGCCCAUCAUCUGUGCCCGCUUUAUUACCACGCAUUAUCAAUUUUAUUACCUAUAUAGGGCUGAAAUCGCCUUUUUAUAAUCGCAAAGACUUAAUCACCAACCUCUUUCGUAAUCUUAGUAAUCAAAUUAUACGCUUUUGCGUAAAACAGACUAAUGUUGAAAAGAUUUUGGAGGGGAAUUCCCGUUUUGGCAUUAAAAUGUGCAAUAUGUCUAUUGAUUGUUGUUUAUCCUAUAAAGCAAUCUAUGAACGCAUGGCCAAGGAGCACGCCCGCAAAUUUGAAUGGGAUUUAGAUAAUGCCAUGAUUUUUAAUCAUGUUGACGCUUUCGCGGAGCGCUUAAACGAUCUGAUCGACAUAUGCGAAUCAAUGAUUGUUUUCGCACGCUUGGAUGAAAGUGAAAAUAUACCGAAGCCACGUUUCGGUGGCACCAAUGGUCAAGAAUUCGAAAAAAUAGCUGAGAGUGUCGAAAGGCAGUUCCUACAGAUAUUGGAAUCGAUGAGAAGUGAUUCUAAAGAUCUUAUUUUGGAUGUUCAUAAAAACUCGUGGUACGAGGAAGUUUUGAAGUAUAGGCGCACUGUCCGCAGUUUAGAGGAAUCUGUACAGCGUUUAAUGUCAAAUGCUUUUCAGAAGGUAUGCAAUGUUGAAGAAGCAGUUGAAGUUCUGAAUGUUACACUGUUCUAUUCAUAUCGUGCAACGAUACGCAAAGCUUAUUUGGAAAUGGUUAGCCAAAUGUGGAUGAUGUUUGUAUCGGAAAUGAAUGCUACCGUAAAAGCCCAGAUGGAUCGCGUUAAAGUCCAUGAAUCGUGGUUAAGUUAUUAUGCGUCCCGCGCAAUAAAUUAUCGUAUUAAUCUGGAGCGUCUAGAAUGGUUAAGAGAUCGUUUGAAAAAUUCCGACUGGUUACCUUCAGUGCCCGAAGCUAAGGUGGCUUUGGACAGAUUUGAAUCUUUAAAAAGAGACUUUUUGAAGGAAAUUCGAAAAGUGUUUGACGAUUGGGUACGUAAUUGCAGUGGCAGCUCUUUAAUAAACCGUUUAGAUCGUACUUUGUUGACAAGGAGCAAGGUGAAACGCGGUCUUCUUGAAUGCAAUAUAGACCGUUCGAUUUUGACGAUUUGUCGGCAAGCGGAACAAUUCGAACAACUUGGUUUCCAGAUCGGUGGCCAGAUAAGAAGGAUCUAUGAGAGAUAUCCUAAAUUAAAGUUUGUAUACAAUAGCGUCGUGACUGUUUGCUUAGAUUACAAUCGUAUUUUAUCUGUUCUUUCGGACGACGAGCGUAAAUUAUUUUAUGCUUUGAUACACGCCUGUGAUCGAAAAAUAGCACCAGGUCUGUUUAAGCUAACGUGGGGGGGAGAACUUAGCGAUGCGUACAUCGCAGAUUGCGCUAAACAUACUAACAAGCUGCAAGAUUCGCUGGACAUAUACAAGAGAGCCAAUCGGCAUAUAGCCCGCAUAUGUGAAAAAAUAUGUGACUUACAGCUCUUAAAGUUUACUUUGUCCAGUGCCGCUGAACUGCCUUCAGUUGACAUGAGUGUAGCGGCAUUUAACCGGAGGGCAACAAAUCAACUUUUGAAUUUAUACAAUACUAUAAUCGAUUUAUUAUUUGCCGUGUUCAAGGAAUUUCAAUCAGUUAUUGAUGAGAUGGCCCCUGAAUGGUAUAACUAUGUCAAACAAUUUGACGAUAUGUUGGCAGAAGCCCUACUUACUUGCGCACGUAAUUCCCUUUCAGUUGUUUAUAACUCCUUGUGUUCUGUUGGCGACAUUCAUCCGGCUCCAUUGAUCAUAAUGAACGUUGACAUUGAAAAUCGCGUUAUAUCCUUAAAGCCACCAAUGGAUGAGAUCGCGAAUAUGAUGCUAAACAUGCAGACACGUGUUUUGAACAGUCUCGAAACAAUACCACGUAUUUCAACUAAGUUAGGAUUGCCGAAAGAAUUGCAAGGCCCGUCUUUUCCUCGUCUAAUGGAAAAAGACCCUAAAAUAAUCGAGAUAGAAGAUCAAAUAAACUUGGAAGUUGACUAUAACAGAGAGGAAAUUGCAAACUUCGUUUUGUCUUGGAGACCGCAUCGUUUUAUAUGGGAGCGAACGGAAGAGCAAUACAUUGCCAAACUCGAAGAAUCAGACCAGACAGCAAUGGUUUUUGAUGAAUGCAUCGAAAGAAUGAGCUCGCAAGCGGAACAGAUCUCAAUAAGAGACACGAUAACUAAUGUUUAUUUCAUUAUGGUAAACCAAAGUAAAUUGAAGCAAACUCUGAUGGACUUUAUAGAGCAAUGGCAACUAUUAAAUAUUAAGAUGCUAACAAGACGGGCGACGUCUCGUCUUAAAAAGGUCUACCGUUAUAUACGGCGUAAUGAACAACGAAUCGGCUUUGUGCCCCGUACGCUCAAGGAAGCCAGAGAAGCGUCAAACUUGUUUAAUCGUCUAAUGGCCGAUGUUCCGAAAAAAGAGGGCGAAUUCCCAUCGAUUCUAGACCUUUUCGCGGUGCUAGAUAAAUUCCAAAUCGAAGUGGCUCACUCAACGCGUAGUUUGUUAAAUAAUCUCAAGUCCGCUUGGGAGGGCUAUUUAAAGAAAUUAGGCGAUGCCGACGAAAUGUUAUUCAGUACUAAAGAAGAAUUUAAAAAGAACUUGCAGCAACAGGCGGAAAGAUUCCGCAAUGUAAUGAAACAUUUCUUUGCAGAUUUUAUGAUUAAAUUACCUACUUCUUCUCAAACAAACCCAAAAAUUGCUAUCAAAUAUCUGAGAGUUGUCAAUGAAAAGGUGGAAGAAUGCUUCAAAUUCGAGAAUGGUCUAAUGAACGAUUUAGCUAUUUUCGGUAUUAAUCUAGGAAUGAAUAUGGAUUUACGUCGGUUAUUAGAAGAACUAAAAACUUUGACCGAAAUUUGGGAACUGAUUUUAGAAUGGCAAAAUAAUUGGAACGAAUGGCGUAAGGACAAUUUUUGGAAAAUCGAUAUUAAUUUAAUGGAAGACACCGCCCUCGACCUUUACAAAGAAUUUAACACACUUUUCAAAAAACACUAUAGUCGUAAUUGGGAUAUGUUGAUUCACACCACUAAAACAAUUGAUGGCUUCAGGAAAACAUUACCGUUAAUCACUGCUUUGAAAAAUCCGAGUAUGCGCAAAAGACAUUGGGACAAAGUUCGUUCGGUGGUACAAGAAGAUUUUGACGAGAACUCAAACAAAUUUACGCUGGAGCUGAUUAUAGAGCUGGACUUCCAAUCCUAUUCAGAGGAUAUCCAAGAUAUUUCAAAUGCUGCGACCAUGGAAUUGCAAAUUGAAAAUAAUAUCAAGAAUAUAGCCAGUAUAUGGCGUAAGCAAAGCAUUGAAAUGGCGUUUUAUCGUGAUGGCAUAUAUCGUAUCAAAAGCGUUGACGAAUGCACUCAAUUGCUUGAAGAACAUAUGGUCCAAAUAUCGGCGAUGAAAGCUACGCGGUUUGUCGAGCCGUUUAUAACAGUCGUGGAUAGUUGGGAGAAAACUUUGUCAUACAUUGCCGAGACCCUCGAGAACGCAUUGACAGUCCAACGUCAAUGGCUAUAUUUGGAAAAUAUAUUCUCUGGCGAAGAUAUUCGUAAACAACUGCCAAACGAAGCCAAACGUUUCGCGGCCAUCACGGACGAGCUUCGCGCAAUAACGGCCAAAAUGUAUGCGGCUAAAACGGCUGUACAUGCUACUCAUUUAAGAAAUCCACCCUUUGUCUUGGAACGUUUUCAGAAAAUGGACGUGCGAUUAGAGUCUAUACAAAGAGCUCUUGAAAUAUACUUAGAGCGGAAACGUCAAAUAUUUCCGCGAUUCUAUUUCAUUUCAAACGACGAUCUUUUGGAAAUUCUGGGCAAUAAUAAACGACCAGAUUUAGUACAAGUUCACUUGAAAAAGCUCUUUGACGGUUUGACGAAAAUAGAAUUGAAACGAAUUGGAAAAUCUCUUAAUCGCUGGCAAGCCUCUGGUAUGUACUCUGAAGAUGGUGAAUAUGUAGAGUUUUUGAAUGUUUUAUACGUGGAGGGAGUGUCAGAAAAGUGGCUUAGCGUCGUGGAGGAGUACAUGUUCGCUGUAUUAAGAGAAUUAUUAAAAUUAACUCGAGCAGGUUUGAAAAAAAUGGCUGCCAAUCGCGAGAAAUGGCUUUCACAGUGGCCUGGUCAACUAGUGAACACCACUAGUCUAAUACAGUGGACUACGGAAUGUACCCGAAGUUUAAUCCAUUGUAAAAUGGUGGAUCAAAAAAAGCCAUUGCGUAAACUGAAGCGAAAACAGAGCAAGAUUUUGAGUAAACUUUCAGAAAUGAGUCGAAAAGAUCUGUCAAAGAUUAUGCGUCUUAAGGUCAAUACUUUGAUCACUGUCGAAAUUCAUGGCCGAGAUGUUAUAGAACGUAUGUAUAAAAAUAAUUGCAAAGAUGUCGGACAUUUUGAAUGGUUUUCACAACUACGAUUUUAUUGGCAUCGUGAAACAGAAACAUGUGUCAUCCGCCAAACUAAUACGGAGCAUUGGUAUGGCUACGAGUAUUUAGGAAAUUCUGGCCGUUUGGUCAUAACUCCUCUUACAGAUAGGUGCUACAUAACUCUGACUACUGCUUUACAUUUGUAUCGUGGAGGUAGCCCCAAAGGUCCGGCAGGCACAGGAAAAACUGAAACAGUUAAAGAUUUGGGCAAGGCUUUGGGAAUGUGGGUGAUUGUUACUAACUGCUCGGAGGGCUUAGACUACAAAAGUAUAGGUAAAAAUUUUUCCGGUUUGGCUCAAACGGGUUCUUGGGGUUGUUUUGAUGAGUUUAACCGCAUUAAUAUUGAGGUAUUGUCCGUGGUGGCUCAACAGAUACUCUCAAUUAUUUCCGCAUUGACAGCUAAACUUACUCAAUUCAACUUUGAAGGACAAGUUAUCAAAUUGCGGCACACUAUCGGUCUUUUCAUUACUAUGAAUCCGGGCUACGCAGGUCGCACUGAAUUGCCAGAUAAUUUAAAAUCAAUGUUUCGGCCAAUAUCAAUGAUGGUUCCAGACAGUGCUAUAAUUGCUGAAAAUACAUUGUUUUCCGAUGGUUUCGUGAAUACGGGCAGCUUAGCCCGUAAAGUGUAUACCUUGUAUGAACUGGCUAAACAACAAUUGUCUAAGCAAUUUCACUAUGAUUUUGGCUUAAGAUCUAUGGUAGCCUUGCUACGUUAUGCUGGUAGGAAAAGACGCCAGCUUGCCAAUGCCACCGAAGAAGAGGUCGUCUAUUUGGCUAUGCGUGAUAUGAAUGUGGCACGCCUGACGGCGAAUGAUUUGCCUUUGUUUAAUGCAAUUAUGGCAGAUAUUUUCCCAGCCGUCAGCGUUCCGUCUAUAGAUUAUAGUGAUUUUAAGGUAGCUAUAGAAGAUGAAUUCAAAGGUAACGGCUUGCAGGCAAUACCUAUAGCGGUGAAAAAGGUGAUCGAAUUGUACGAGACUAAGAAUUCAAGACACUCUUCCAUGAUUAUUGGUGACACUAACACAGCAAAAUCAGUAACUUGGAAAUGUUUACAAGGUGCCUUCAUACGUAUGAAUAAUAAUAAGAAACCCGGCUGGCCGGCUGUGGCUGUGCAUCCUAUAAAUCCAAAGGCUCUCAAUUUGGCUGAAUUGUAUGGCGAAUAUAAUUUAGCCACUGGGGAGUGGUUGGAUGGAGUACUCAGUUGUAUUAUGCGAGUAAUUUGUGCUGACGAAGAUCCUACCCAAAAAUGGUUGUUGUUCGAUGGACCGGUUGAUGCCGUUUGGAUAGAAAAUAUGAAUUCUGUAAUGGAUGACAAUAAAAUUUUAACGUUAGUUAAUAGUGAAAGGAUAACUAUGCCUGCUCAAGUCUCGUUGCUUUUUGAAGUAGGCGAUUUGGCUGUCGCUUCACCUGCUACAGUUUCACGUUGUGGUAUGGUAUACAAUGACUAUCAUGACUGGGGUUGGCGUCCCUACGUUGAAUCAUGGCUUGAGCGACAAAAACCACCAGAGUACGUGAAAUACCUUCGCAAAUUUCUCGACGAGUUUAUGGAUAAAGUACUCGCUCACAAAAAUCAAAGAUGUAAGGAAGUAGUCAAGACAAACCAACUUAACGUUGUAAUGUCUAUGUGUCUCCUCCUGGAAGGCUUUGCAACCAAGCAGAACGGCAUUGUAGUAGGAGAUGAGGAGCUAUUAGAAACAAUGACUAAAUUGUGGUUCUUAUUUUCACUAGUUUGGUCAGUGUGUGGUACUGUAAAUGAAGCAAGUCGUUUGCGUUUAGAUGCUUUUUUACGUGAAAUGGAUAGUUCUUUCCCUAUUAAAGACACUGUUUAUGACUACUACGUAGACCCCGGACAACGUUGUUUUAUGCCUUGGGAUAGUAAACUUUCUGACAACUGGAAGUACGAUGAGAACGAACCCUUUUAUAAGAUCAUAGUGCCAACCGUGGAUACGGUUCGUUAUGAAUAUUUAGUUUCGAAAAUGUUGCAAGAUGGUUAUCCCGUGCUACUUGUGGGUAAUGUAGGUACGGGAAAAACUUCGACUGCUGUUAGUGUCAUGGAAGCUUGUGAUAACACCAAAUACACGGUUCUUUCUAUUAACAUAUCAGCUCAGACUACGGCGGCUGGUUUGCAAGAAUCCAUUGAGAAUCGAACGGAGAAACGAACUAAAACACAUUUUGUACCGAUUGGUGGCAAGCGUAUGAUAUGCUUCAUGGAUGACUUCAAUAUGCCAGCUAAAGAUACUUAUGGAUCACAACCACCACUUGAGUUAAUAAGGCAAUGGAUCGAUUACAAGUAUUGGUUCAAUCGUCGCAAUCAACAAAAAAUUUAUGUUAUUAAUACACUGGUAAUGGCCGCCAUGGGUCCUCCUGGCGGAGGACGCCAAGAGAUUUCCUCACGUACUAUGAGUCGAUUUUAUCUUCUUAAUCUAACGUUUCCUACCGAGACCGUUAUUAUGCGCAUUUUUGGUAGUAUGCUUAAACAAAAACUGUUAACCUUUUCAAAUGAGAUUCGAGAGAUGUGGCACGGAGUUACCGCAGCCACUAUUAACAUUUAUAACGACGUUAUUGUGCGUAUGCUACCUACUCCUGCGAAGUCCCAUUAUCUAUUUAAUUUGAGAGAUAUAUCAAAAGUUUUCCAAGGAUUAUUACGUGCCAGCUCAGAGUCCCAGGUCAAAAAGCCGCAAUUCUUAAGACUGUGGAUACAUGAAUGUUUUAGAGUAUUCAGUGAUCGUUUGAUCGAUGACAUUGACCUGGGUUGGUUUUUGAAUGAAAUGAAUGACAUUCUAGGUCGUUAUAUGGAAAUAACCUUCCACAGUUUGUGCCCCAAUAAAGUAUCCCCGAUAUUCGGAGAUUUCAUGAGUAUGCAAGGAUACUAUGAGGAUUUAGAUUUCGCAAAGUUGCGUGUAUAUAUAAACAAGCAAAUGGUGGAGUAUAAUAACUUCCCAGGCAUGGCGCGUAUGAGCUUGGUUUUCUUCAAAGAGGCCAUUGAACACGUUGCUCGUAUUCUGAGAGUAAUAUCACAACCCAGGGGCCAUAUGCUGAACAUUGGCAUAGGCGGUUCGGGAAGACAGGUGAUAGUGAAAUUGGCCGCUUUCAUCUUGGAAAUGGGUGUAUUUCGAAUUGAAGUUACCAAAAAGUACAAGACACCUGAUUUUAAGGAGGACUUGAAAAAUUUGUAUAAAACCACAGGUGUUAAACAGCGACCGACUAUCUUCAUUUUUAGUGGAGAACAAGUGGUGGAAAGUACCUUUUUAGAAAUAAUUAAUAACAUGUUAAGCACUGGUGAAAUUAAUUUGUUUAAAUCUGAUGAAUUUGAAGAGCUGAAAACUGAACUAGAGCGGCCGGCUAAAAAGGCUGGUGUACAAUUGACGACAGAAGCUUUGUAUAAUUUCUUCAUGAAAAAUGUACGGGAUAAUAUGCAUCUUGCGUUAUGUAUCAGCCCCAUUGGGGUAGAGUUCCGUUCAUAUAUACGACAAUACCCAGCACUAAUUAAUAAUACAACGCCAAACUGGUUUAGAUUGUGGCCCCAGGAGGCCCUGUUAGAAGUUGCUGCACAUUUUUUGUCCGAGUUCAAAAUAGAUGUGCCAGUACCGGGUAAAGAAAUAGAGAAGACACGCGAAACUUUAAUAGAGACUAUCGAGGAUAUGCUGCAACGUGAAGUAGCGUACAUUUUCUCCAUUAUUCAUUCAUCCGUAAGAGAAAUGUCAAAUAUUAUGUUUUUGGAAGUCAAACGACGUAACUAUGUUACAUCCUUAAAUUACUUACAACUUGUAAGUGGCUUCAAAGAACUAUUAGAACGUAAACGCUUCGAAGUUUCUUCUGCCGCUAACAAGUUGCGUAAUGGUUUGUCCAAAAUUGCUGAGACUCAAGAAAAAGUAAGGGAGAUGUCUGAAGAAUUGAAAAUCAGUUCUGAGCAGGUGAAGGUAUUAGCAAUAGAAUGUGAGGACUUUAUUGCCGUUAUAGAGGUUCAAAAGGCUGAAGCUACCGACGCGAAGGACAAAGUAGAUGCUGAGGCAGUUAUAAUAAAGCGUGAAGAAGUGGUUUGUUUAGACUUGGCGGCCACAGCUCGAGCUGAUUUAGAGGUUGUGCUGCCGAUGAUUGAUGCUGCUGUGAAAGCCUUGGAUGCCUUAAACAAAAAGGAUGUGUCCGAAGUGAAAUCUUACGGUAGACCACCGAUGAAGAUCGAAAAGGUGAUGGAGGCAGUAAUGAUUCUGUUGGGUAAAGACCCAACAUGGGAAAACGCGAAGAAAGUCCUGGGCGAAACGACCUUUUUGAAUGAUUUAAAAAAUUUUGAUCGAGAUCAUAUUCCCGAUAAAACGUUGAAACGCAUUGCAAUGUAUACUAAGAACCCGGAAUUAGAGCCCGAUAAAGUGGGUAUUGUGUCGGUGGCUUGCAAAUCUCUGAUGUUAUGGGUAAUGGCCAUUGAAAACUAUGCAAAAGUAUACCGUAUUGUGGCUCCAAAGCAAGAGAGGUUAGAUAAUGCAAUGCGCUCGCUAGCCGAGAAGCAAGCUCUUCUGGCUGCAGCCAAAGCAAAAUUGGACGAAUUGAAUGCUCGACUUGCGGAGUUAUAUAAGCAACUGAAUGAGAAAACUGAACUAUUAAACGAGCUAAGGUUGAGAGAAGAGAAACUUCGUAAGCAAUUAGAAAGAGCUAUAAUACUGGUCGAAUCACUAUCCGGUGAACGAGAGCGUUGGAUCGAUACAGUCGCUUCUCUCGAUAAUCGAUUUACUAAACUGCCCGGAGAUUGUUUGCUUGCCAUAGCUUUCAUGUCAUAUUUAGGGCCUUUCGAUACAAAAUAUCGUGAGUUGUUAUUAGAAAGAUGGAGUAAUUUAAUUAAAGACAAGGCUGUUCCCGCAACUGAUGAAUUGAAACUCACUACAUUUUUGUCUGAUGCAGUAACUAUACGUGAGUGGAACAUCCAAGGACUACCGGCUGACGAUUUUAGCACUGAAAAUGGUGUCAUUGUAAUGGAAAGCAGUCGUUGGCCUUUGAUUAUUGACCCUCAGAUGCAAGCCAAUACAUGGGUGAAAAAUAAUGAAGAAAAAAACGAUUUAAAAAUAAUUGAUUUCACACAACCUGACUAUUUGCGCAUCUUAGAGAGUGCUUUAAUAAAUGGAAAUCCUGUUUUAUUGCAAAAUGUUGGGGAAGUUAUCGAGCAGGCCAUUAAUCCUAUAUUACGGAAAAGCUACACAGUACAAGCGGGUCAAAAAUUGCUAAAAUUCAAUGACAAAUAUUUGACCUUUAACGAAAAUUUCCGACUAUACAUAACAACGAAAAUGACGAAUCCACUUUACCCUCCGGAGGUAUCAUCGAAGACUACCAUUGUUAAUUUUGCUUUGAAACAGGAUGGUCUGCAAGCUCAACUUUUGGGUAUUAUAGUCCGAAAGGAGAAGCCCUCUUUGGAAGAACAAAAGGAUGAGCUAGUUUUGACUAUAGCGAGAAAUAAGCGUACUCUUAUUGAUUUGGAUAAUGAAAUUUUACGUUUGCUUAAUGAGAGUCGAGGAUCUCUCUUAGACGACGACGAGUUAUUUGCUACUCUGCAGAAGUCACGACAAACUUCGAUAUUGGUCAAGGAAUCCCUGAGCAAUGCAGAGAUAACGGAAAUUGAAAUAGACAUGGCACGUCAAGAAUAUCAACCAGCAGCUAAAAGAGCUUCGAUUCUAUUCUUUGUACUUAUGGAUAUGUCUAAGAUUGACCCCAUGUACGUAUUUUCCUUAGCCGCCUACAUUUUGCUGUUCACACAAUCUAUAGAACGCAGCCCAAAACAUCAAAUUGUUGCUGAACGUAUUCGCAACAUAAAUGACUAUCACACCUACGCCAUGUACAAAAAUACUUGUCGCGGUUUAUUCGAAAAGCAUAAACUACUCUUCUCCAUACACAUGACUGCGCAGAUAUUAUCUAAUGCUGGUCGUUUAGUAGAAGAAGAGUACAAUUUUAUUUUGAAAGGCGGCAUUGUAGUAGAUAAGCAAGGUCAACCACCGAACCCAUCACCAGGUUGGAUAAAUGAGCAAUCUUGGGAUAAUAUCACAGAACUUGACACAGUCGCUGGUUUUCAUGGAAUUAUUGAUUCAUUUGAAUCUAGUGCAAAGGCUUGGCAUGUUUGGUACGCCACCACAACACCCGAAACAGAGGAUUUGGUGGGAGAGUGGAAUGAUAAACUCACGGAUUUUCAAAAAAUAUGUGUUGUACGUUGUUUGAGGGCGGAUCGCGUUUCUUUUUGUCUCACGCAGUUCAUUAUAAACGCUUUGGGACCUCGUUAUGUGGAACCACCCGUUCUCGAUUUGAAAGUUACUUUCGAAGAAUCUAUCGCUCAGACCCCACUCAUAUUUGUAUUGUCACCAGGCGUGGAUCCUACGCAGUCCCUUCUGACUUUAGCUGAGCAGACUAAAAUGUCUUCGCGUAUGUUUUCUUUAAGUUUAGGCCAAGGCCAGGCACCGCUAGCUACAAAAAUGAUUAUGGAUGGUGUACGCGACGGCAACUGGGUCUUUUUGGCCAACUGCCAUUUAUCACUAAGCUGGAUGCCGACCUUAGAUAAAAUUAUUGCUACUAUGCAAACCAUGAAAUUACAUAAACGUUUCCGUUUGUGGCUCAGCUCUAGUCCUCAUCCAGACUUUCCUAUUUCCAUUUUACAAAGUAGCAUUAAAAUGACUACAGAACCUCCGCGGGGUAUAAAGGCCAACAUGAAGCGUUUAUAUAACAACGUCAAUGAAGUAAAUUUCGAUCUUGCCAUAGAUCCUUCUAAGUACAAAAAGCUGCUUUUUGCUCUUUGCUUCUUUCACACUGUGUUGCUUGAAAGAAAGAAGUUUCUCCAGUUGGGGUGGAACGUUGUUUAUAGUUUUAAUGAUUCGGAUUUUGAGGUGUCGGAAAGCUUGCUGCUUUUGUACUUGAAUGAAUACGACGAGACGCCGUGGGGUGCUCUCAAAUAUUUAAUAGCAGGCGUGAACUAUGGCGGGCACGUAACUGAUGAUUGGGAUCGACGCCUGCUGACCACUUACAUUAAUCAAUUCUACUGUGAUGACGCCUUAAAAAUUUCCAAAUAUCGUUUGUCUUCUCUGCCUAAUUAUUUUAUACCCCACGAUGGCGAUUUACAAUCAUAUUUAGAUCAAAUACAACAAUUUCCGAAUUUUGAUAAACCAGAAGCAUUUGGCCAACAUCCAAAUGCGGAUAUUGCGUCCUUGAUUGGGGAGACCCGUUUGCUUUUCGAAACUUUAGUUUCCAUGCAAGUGCAAACUGCGACCUCAGCUAGCGAGAGCAAAGAAGCUAAAGUUUUGAAAUUGGCCAAUGACAUACUUCUCAGCACUCCGGGUGAACUAAAUUAUGAACAAACGGCUAAAUUGAUCGGUUUAAAUCGCAUGCCUCUUGAAGUGGUUCUCUUGCAAGAAAUUGAACGUUACAACGAUCUCUUGCGUAAUAUGAAAUGCCAUUUGCGUGAUGUUCAGAAAGGUAUAAGAGGUCUGGUUGUUAUGAGUACUGAGCUAGAAGACAUUUAUCAGUCAAUCUUUGACGGGCGAGUACCACUUGUUUGGCUUACAGCUUACGCGUCUGAAAAACCUUUAGCUGCAUGGUCUCGUGAUUUAGUAUUUCGUAUAGAACAUUUUGCUCACUGGGCCAGAACAUUACACCCACCGACAUUGUUCUGGUUGGCCGCUUACACUUUCCCAACUGGAUUCAUAACUGCGGUGUUGCAAACGUCAGCUAGAGCGACACGUACACCUAUCGAUGAAUUAGGUUGGGAUUUUUAUGUAUUUGUUGAGGACGAUGCUGCCGCUGCACGUAUUGUGCGCGAAGGAGGUGGUGUGUAUGUGCGCAGUUUGUAUUUAGAAGGGGCGGGAUGGCUACGCAAAGGUCAAUGUCUUUGCGAUCCCUCGCCUAUGGAGCUGGUCACACCCAUGCCAGUAAUACACUUUAAACCAGUUGAACAAUUAAAGAAACGCACUCGUGGUGUAUACGCUUGCCCAGCCUAUUAUUAUCCACAGCGCGCCGGAUCGUAUGUUAUUGCGGUGGACUUAAAAGCCGGCUCAGAAAAAGCAGAUUAUUGGAUUAAACGGGGUACCGCUCUUCUUUUGAGUUUGAGUUUGUAAAC